AUGGCCAUGUCAGCCGCACCCGAUCAUGAUUUUGACCUUGCUGAUGACCUCGACCAUGAUUUCGACCUUGCUGGUGACCCCGGUCACGAGUUUGAUCUUGCUGAUGACGUCGAGCAUGAGAUAGACCAUGUUCCUAAUGAGCAGCCAUUCGUGGCUCCUGUUGCUCCUGUUGUUCCUGUUGCUCCUGUUGUUCCUGUUGCUCCUGUUGUUUCUGUUGCUCCUGUUGCUCCUGUUGCUCCUAUCGAUCAGCCCCCUGUUGUACCCGCUAACCUAAAUCCAGCCCCAGCUGACCCUGUCCCAUUGCCAGAUCAUAAUCCCAUCUUUGCUGAGAUACCUGAUAUUGCACCGAUAUUACCCGAUCCAGUCCUUAUGUUUGAGGACCAUGCUCCGUUUGCCACCCACAUCGAUCCGAUAUAUGCUGACACCCACAAUGGGUGGGUCGACGAUGACGAUUAUCCCCCAUAUGUUAGACCUGUCACUCCUUCCCGUGCACCCAUCUCUGCACCGAUUGAUGUUACCCCUCAUUUUCCCCAUGUGUCAGAUAUCCAUCGUACCGACCUUCCUAUCACUUUCCUCCAAGACAUUCAUCCACCUCGUCCUGGGGAGGGUUCGUCGAGGUAG